CUAACAAUUGCAACAUUUACCUUGUGAAUCUGCCAGGUGGUGGGGUCAUCUGCUGUUUGCAGGGUGGAAAAACCAACCCAGCAAUUUAUCUUUUUCUCCUUGAAUCCUUUUUCACCCCCCCCAGCAGAUGGAAAGGUGAUUUCCAAUCGCCAGCAGCACCUCGGAGCGAUGAGCGCGGCGUUGGCUCCCUACCCCGGUGCCAAACUGGUGCUGCUCCAUGCCCUGCUCAGCAUCCUAAAUGUUCAUUGCUUUGGUGGUGAAAAACUGUCCCUGAACUUCAGCAGCACCAACAAGAGCACAGCCAACACCAGAAGCACCCGGUCCGUGAGCAACCUGCCCCAACCCCGGGACUGUCUGCUCUCCCCCUGGUCCUCCUGGAGCAAAUGUGAUCCCUGUCAAAGGAAAAGGUACAGAUUUGCCCGCCUGGAACAACCUUCUCAGUUCAAUGGAGAUCCCUGUGAUUACUCUGACAGAGAAACUGAAGAUUGUGUUACAAAUAAUCCUUGCAGGAAUAAAGUUCCAUGUGAUGGGUUUGUGUGUGCAGUCACAGGGAGAUGCAUUACACGGAGGCUGCUUUGUAAUGGGGACGACGACUGUGGGGAUCAGUCAGAUGAAAAAAACUGCAAAAAAGUGUUUAAAAAAUGUGACCAGAAGAUGGAGCAAUACUGGGGAAUAGAAAAUCUGGCAAAAGGCCUAAACAUCUUCACAAACAACUUGGAAGGAUUAGUUCUUGAUCACAGGUACUAUGCUGGAGGAUGUUCUCCCCAUUACAUUGUGGACACAAGGUUCAGAAAGCCAUAUAAUGUAGAAAGCUACGUGCCAGAGACCACAGGCAAAUAUGAAUUUACAAUGACUGAAUACAACUCCUACUCAAAUUAUGAAAGCUUUGUCCUGAAGGCAAAAGCUGAGCAGUCUGGCUUCAGCUUUGGUAUAAAAAUACCGGGACUGUUUGAACUGGGUUACAGUUCUAAUGACAACAGGUUCCAGAAGUUCAUUCAAAGGAUGAAAAGAUUUUCUUCAACUUCCAGCAGUUUCAUCCAUGCCCGUUCUGAGCUGGCUGUUGGUGUUUAUAAGCUGAAACCCCAGUCCCUGAUGCUGCAUUAUGAGUUCCAGCAGAGACUCCAGCAGCUCCCAGUAGAGUACAGCUACGGGGAGUACCGGGAGCUCUACAGAGACUAUGGCACCCACUACAUCACUGAGGCCACUGUUGGGGGCAUCUAUGAGUACACUUUAGUCAUCAACAGCCAGGAGCUCCAAAAAGCAGGUUAUUCUCUGAGUGAUGUCCAGAAAUGUGCACAGCAUGGCUUUAACAUUGGGGCAAAUAUUUACCAGGUCUAUGGGAAGCUUGGAAUAACUGCAGCUGGCUGUAAAUCCCUUUUAAAAGAAAUUGGAGACAGCACCUCCAGUAAAAGGUUUGUGGAAGAUUUCAUUGUCCUUGUUCGUGGGGGAGCAAGUGAACACAUCACAGCCUUGGCUUACAGAGACCUCCCAACAGCUGCCCUGCUGCAGGAGUGGGGAGAUGCUGUCCAGUACAACCCUGAAAUCAUCAAGCUCAAGGCAGAGCCCCUGUUCCAGCUGGUGACACCGAGGGACUUGGCUCAGGCAGCAGCAAUAAAAGAAAAUCUGCGACGGGCUCUUGAGGAGUUCCAGCUGGAGAGCAGUUCUUGUCACUGUGCCCCAUGCCAUGGCAAUGGAAUCCCCUUCCUCCGAGGAAGCAAGUGUGAGUGUUUAUGUCCCCUUGGCUACAGUGGCCCAGCCUGUGAGACCAGCAAGAGAACAGAUGCUGCUGUGAAUGGAAACUGGGGGUGCUGGUCCAGCUGGUCUUCAUGUGCAGGAGGUGAACGAAGAAGGAGACGACUGUGCAAGAACCCUGGUCCUGAAACUGAUGCAGGGUCAGCAUGCUCAGGGCCAGAUACUGAGACUCUGGCUUGCUAGAAGGAAUCCUGAAGGAUUUACCCAAGGCUGAUGAGCAGUUUGCAAACUGAGCAGGAAGAUGUCACCUGCAUUGGCCUCACUCUGCUCGAAGGGCUCAGCCAAGUGCAUUGAAGUUGGAGACAUUUCAGAGGACUCUGGGAGCUGGGUCUGUGUUAGGAACAGCUUCAGACAUGCUGUGUGGCUGUCCCAUGGCAUUGUCUUAAAUAUCCUGACUUUUCCCUGUCUUUAUUGCAACAGGCUAACUGAGAUGAGCUUUGUCUGCUGUCUUAUUUGGGUAGCUGCAUGAUUUUUGAUUUUACCAUCUUGUUUUUUGAAGGUUCCUUCCAGAUGAGGAAAGGCUGUUUGAUCUUAGAUGCACCAGAAUUAAAUUGUGCAGUGACUUGAAUUGUC